AUGGCUUGGAACGGAGCCCUGGUUGGAAAUCGAGUCUCAUUUCCAACGUCAACCCCAGUAUUACUAUUCUCGCAGUCCAUCAUAUCUACAUCUUCAUUCUCCCAAGCUGCUGCAUUCAUAAUAUUUCUCGUUAGACUUGAUCGACGCAACUUGGGAGUCUCCGGAGCUUCUCCAUCACCCAUGGUUCGGCUUCUCCUCCGCCCCAAUGAGGUACGUAGCUUUUCUACGUUGUCUAAACAUACGUCUGCAUCCGAAAAUCUUGAACUUGUUCGUCUGAAUGUCUUCCCCGGUGUUCUGCCGGGUCCAGCACCGCUUGGAGCCUGGGCGGAAACAAUGGGGUCUGGUCGAUCAGGCAAUCCGUCUUUCUGA